AUGAUUAUUGGCCGCUCGACAAUCCUUACAAAAAUCAGAAGCGGGAUUAGGACGCUAGCACACGUAAGGAAACUUAAGAAACUCGAAGAAGUUGCGUCAGCCAUCUUCCGUUAUUGGUUGAGUCGCCGCGUGAGAGACACGUGCUAUCGUUACAUACUCAGAAAAUCCGAAAAAACGGUCAACGAACGGAACGAAAUCACAAUGGAUCCGAAGAAGUUUUCGAUAACUCAACUUAAGGCCGAAUUACGAAGACGAGACUUGCCGGUGCACGGACGCAAGGUAGAUCUCAUCGCGCGUCUGGAUAAAGACGACACGAGUGGCACGUGGAUGAAUUCCGUUGCUUGCGCCGAGUGCCCAACGACCGCCUCAGAUAAGGAUCUAUCGGACGAGGAAGUAGCAUUGACCGCGAACGAAGAAGAUGACGGUAACGAAGAAAGAACAAUAGAAGGCCCAAGAGAGAACAGAAAUCGUGACCGCCGAAAUAGCGAUGAAUUAGAGCGCCGUUAUCGCGACAUGCAACUCGAAUUUGAGCGUCGUGAAAACGAACUCCUGAGAAGAGAGUUAGAGAUCGCUAGACGGGAGAACGAACAACUACGAAGAGCCACACCACCUGUAGCCGAGGGGGCACGCAGAACAGAGAACAUCACCGCCAUGUUGGAACUAGUGGGAUUCUUCGACGGAAGUGCAGGUACGUUUAGAAAAUGGGAGCAACAAGUCCGUCAAUUGUGUGCAACCUAUCGUCUCGAUGAUGACCGUGCUAAACUGCUCGUUAGCAACAAAAUAAAAGGAAAAGCGAAGAGCUGGUUUCAGGCAGAAAACACGAUUGCCAUGACUCUUGAUGAAAUAAUGGACGGCUUCCGGAAAAUGUAUGAUCAUCGUCCGUUACGUGUAGCCAUGAGGAAGAAAUUCGAGGCAAGAGAGUGGAAACCAUCCGAGAAUUUUGCAGAUUAUUUCCACGAUAAAAUAAUCUUGGCAAAAGACGUUCCUAUCGACGAAGAGGAAAUGGUCGAUUAUUUAAUUGAUGGCAUUCCGAGUGACCAUCUACAAGACUUAGCACGAAUGAAGGAGUUCCAGAAGAAGGAAGAUAUGUUACGAACCUUCGAGAAAGUAUCCUUGCGAACACCUGUGAAAAACAAUACGAAACGAGAUUCACGACCGACGGGAAAGCACGACGUAAAAUCAGCUGAUUCACAAAAGGAUAAUGAGAAAAAAGGAGAAAAUCAAGCGAAAAACGACGAAGGAAAACUGAAAAAUCCUCGUUGUUAUAACUGUAACAAACUAGGGCACAUCGCUUCUGACUGUCGUCAACCUAAGCGCGAGAAGGGCUCGUGUUUCAAGUGUGGUGAGAUGGGCCACAUAUCCAAGGACUGUCCAACGAAGACUACGUCAUCAACGGAGGUUGCAGUUGUCAACGAGAAGGAAAAUCCAGUCUACUCCAUCUUCGGCUGCGAGGAGGACGAAGAGACAUUUUUUAAAGACGUCGACUACGAAAUAAACUGCACAAGUCUUCCCGAUACAAAUCAUAAGAUUAGAUUAAACACGCUAAUGGAUUCAGGUAGUAAAGUCAGUUUUAUAAAAGAGAGUUUCGCGUUGAAAGAAGCAGUAGAAUCUUUCGGUACACACUCGGGAAAUUAUCAUGGUAUAAACUACUCACCGUUACGGAUUAUCGGGUAUAUACGGCUGAAUAUCACUAUCGAUAACGAAACAAAAAAUAAUAUAACAACACUAGUUGUUCCGGAUACGACUAUGGUAUACCCGGUAGUGUUAGGUCGCGACGUAUUGAAGAAAUUCGGUCUGGGUCUGAGGAAACUGGAAGUUCAAGUGAUAGAUGAGCUGUUGAACGUAGAAGUAGAUAAUCCGCGCGACACGGCAUUAGAUUCUCUUGGUAUCAAUCCCGAAAUAUCUCGUGAAGCACAGAUUAGUUUGCGAGAACUCUUUAGGUCGGAAUACGUUGAGCCCGCAAGGUCUAUUAGUCCAAAAGUCGACAUGGAGUUAAAAUUAAGCCUGACGAAUGAAACCCCAUUCCACUUUAACCCACGUCGAGUCUCCGUUUCUGAAAAGGAAAAGUUGAGGAAAAUAUUAGACGAUCUCCUGGAGAGGAAAAUCAUUCAGCCUAGUAAAUCCGAAUAUGUUUCCCCUAUUAUUCUAGUAAAGAAAAAGAAUGAUGAACUCCGACUUUGUGUGGAUUAUCGUGUGUUAAACAAAGUCCUGCGUCGCGAUAAUUAUCCUCUUCCGUUAAUAGAGGACCAAAUUGACGUACUUAGAGAUAAAAAGUAUUUCAGUAUUCUUGAUCUGAAAGACGGGUUCUUUCAUAUUCGAAUCGCGGAUGAAUCGAUAAAAUAUACUGCAUUUACGACACCGUACGGGAUUUUCGAAUAUAGAAGAAUGCCUUUCGGACUCAAAGUAGGACCGUCGAGAUUUCAGAGAUUUGUAAACGAAGCGUUAGUAGAAUUGAUUAGAUCCGGAGACAUUGUCGUAUACAUGGACGAUGUAUUGGUCGCAACCGUUACGUUAGAGCAUCACUUUAAGGUCUUAAAGCAGUUGUUCAAGUGCUUAGUUGAUAAUCUGUUGGAGCUCCGACUCGAUAAAUGUCAGUUUUUAUGCACAGAGAUAGAGUUCUUAGGUUAUCGUAUCUCUAAAAUCGGAAUUCAGCCAAACAAGUCAGGGAUUGAGACAAUCGAGAAAUAUCCAAUUCCACAAAAUUUGAAAAGUCUGCAAUGUUUCCUCGGGAUGGCUUCGUAUUUUCGAAAAUUUAUUGAAGGUUUCUCCGUUAUCGCAAAACCACUUCAUGAAUUACUCCGUAAAAACGUGGAAUUUAAGUUUGGGAAAGAACAACUAAAAGCGUUUCAGAUACUUAAGCGAAAACUGCAGGAAGCACCUGUACUUAGUUAUACAGUCCUCAUGAUGAGACGGAACUUCAUACAGAUGCUAGUUCGCACGGUUUUGGCGCCUCUCUUAUGCAAGAAGAAAACAGAUAUGAAGUUUCACCCGGUCCUCGUAUUUUUUCAAAAACGGGCGACCGAUACUGAAAGCCGCUAUCAUAGUUUGAAUUAG